AUGUCUCCUUUAAAGGCUACGAAAUCGAGGCGUUCGCCCGGAAGGAUAUCGCGCUUGGUUGGAAACCACAGUACGCCUCUUGGCGACAGUGAUUCGACAGCCUCCAUUUCGGGCGUACUCUGCUCAAAGGUUGCAAAAAAAUCGACUCGGUUCCCCUCUGUUAAACGCAACAUCCCCAUUGCGGGGCAAGGAAACAAUAAAAAACGAAAACCUUCAUCUUCCCUGAAUGAAGAUUCAACUUCUGAAAACGACUGCGACGAUGAGGACGACAACGAAGAUAAUGAAGAUAGCAUCGAUGAAGAUCCUGAACUUCCAGAAGCGUUUGCCCCGUCUUAUGGCCGGAAGAAGGGAUGGAGCCAUAAGGCGGGGCGUCGGGAUUGUUUGUCACCCCUCAUGGAUAGAAAACGGGUAAAGCUCCAGCACAGUGGCUAUGAAAGCGAUGUCGAAAAUAGUUCCGUUAGUUCUGCUAGCCCGCUGAGCUCUGCGGGGUCUGUCGGCUCUGACUCAGACGACGGCUAUGAGGCUGUCAAUGAUGUCAGUGAUGUCGAUGAUGAGGAUCAGGAUAUUGAAAUGAUGGAAGAAGAGAUAAUUCUGGACUCGGAGUAUGAGCGUGACUUGCAGACGGUAGCUUCUACAUUUUCUUCCGUGGUUCCAGAUGAAUGGUUGGGAUUGGACGAGCUUGAGAGUCAUCCCCUUUACUCUACUGGCUCGUUCUUUGAGGAUGAGCAGCUCUUUUUACAAUCUGGCCAUGUCGAGGCAGCCGAGGAUCCAGACCUGAGCAACAUACCUCUGAAUCUUCCCGCUCGACAGGUUCACUUCGCAGAAUCAGAUAGUUCUACGGACUCCGAUAAGACAACCGAUGAUGAACUUCUGUCUGAUUUCCUACAACAAGAUGCUCUCGACCCAGAUCUCCGAAGACUGAUUGAAAAUGAUUCCGAACCCCGUCGCCACCUAAACCCUAAUGAACCGUUUGUAAGCCAAGACUUCUAUGAGCUGCCAGGGAACAUAUAUCACGUGGAAACAGAAUCCUCUGUUGCAAGUUCCAGUGGCUAUGACUCGGACUGUGGUGAAACCACAGAUGAAGAUUUGCCUCCCCCAGCAACAAUCACACAUCCCCGGUCCAUCCUACGUCGUGACUCGAGCGCAUCGUUACCUCCUUUUGCAGAGGAAUCCACCCAGCGUUCCCAGCCAUUGCGUAGACGUGGACCACUUAGAGGCACCUUCAUCGCCGAUCCCCACAAGCCAGUCGCCGUUGUCGCUCCUAAUGGAGCUCAAUUGAUUCUCAUACCCCCUUAUUCGACUUCCAGACAUGACUGGCUUGAAAACGCCGCCCAAAGCCUGUGUAGCACUGCUAACAAUAGUCCUCGCACUAUUGCUACCGCUCUGGCUGAUGAUAGCGAUACCGAUGCUCUGUUGUCACCAUUGCAGACUACAAACUUGAGCCCAAUGCUUUCUUCCAAUGCCAAUCUCAUGAUAACUGCACUGGGUAGUGAUGCUGUUGGCCAAAUAACCGGUCCUCCCGAGGCAUUCUACCCUUCCCAAGGACUGCUUACCAACAGCUUCGACGACGAAGAUGAAGACGACGAUAGCGAAGGUGUUCUUAAUGUGGACGACUUCAUUGACUUUGGAAAUGGCUCCUCUGAUGAAGAAGAACUGGACAAAGACUUCGACGGUGUCAAUGACGUUUCCGCCACCACAGCCGUUCCUUCGCCAACGGAAAAUAAUAAUAAUAAUAAUUCCACAGAACUCCCACAAGUCAAUAAUCACAGCAAUAGUGCAGAGCGUCUCUUGAACCACCUGGACAAAGGUAUCGUUACUGCCUUUCGCCGCAACCACUCUCGCUACCAAGCCUUGAUCCGACUUCCACAACACCGCGAGUUCGUACCGGCUAAUUCACCUUCGCGCCCAGCCAGCGUCUUCAGACGCAGCAAAUAUAUUGAGCACAAAACUCCAACUAGGAAGCAACGUGCCGUGGGAACCUACACUGGUGGUGAAGCGGUUCGUCGCAAGCUGAUCAACUCACAUCGGAGCAACAAGAUUACCUUCUAA